AUGAACAUAAAUAAUAAAAUAUCAAUAAUCAAAAAACAUUUGGAAUUGAAUGAUAGAUUAUAUGAAGUUACAGAAGAUAAUGAAAAUAAAAGAGUUUGUCUAAAAAAUAAAUUAACACUUGAAGAGAAAUUUGUUAAUUUUGAUGAAAUUAAUAAUUUGGAUCCAAACGGACAACAAAAACCAGAACAAUUAAUAAUAGAUGGAGCAUCAUCACCAUCAUCAUCAUCAUCAUCAUCAUCAUCAUCAUCAUCAUCAUCAUCAUCAUCAUCAUCAUCAUCAUCAUCAUCAUCAUCAUCAUCAUCAUCAUCAUCAUCAUCAUCAUCAUCAUCAUCAUCAUCAUCAUCAUCAUUACCAAAUUCAGAACAAUCAUAUUUAUUAAAUAAAAUUGAUCAAUUAAUAGAUGAUGAAAAAGAAACAAAGUAUGUACUAUUAAUUGGUGAGACUGGUGUUGGUAAAUCAACGUUUAUUAAUAUGGUGGUUAAUUAUAUAAAAUUUUCAAGUUUAAAAGAUGCAAUUCAAAAAUCAACAUCAUUAAAACAAAUUUAUACAAUUGAUACAAAUGUUGAAAUUCAAGGAUCUGAUAAAAAUUAUAAAGUUAAACUUGGAGAUAUUGAUGAUUAUAAAGUUGGUUCAUCUAUAACUCAAACAUCAAGACAAUAUAGAAUUAAAUUACCAGAUGGUACAAUCCUUUGUUUAAUUGAUUCACCAGGUGUUGGUGACCCACAAGGUGCAUUGCAAGAUAAUAAACAUUUUGAAAAUAUCCUACACGAAAUUUCAUCUAUAAAAAAGUUAAAUGCAAUUUGUAUUUUAAUGCGUCCAGAUGAAACUAGAGCCACUAUUUCAUUCAACUAUUGUUUGAAUCAAUUAUUAUUACAUUUACAUUCAAGUGCAAAAGAUAAUAUUUUCUUUUGUUUCACUCGUUCAAGAGCUUCAAUGUAUAAACCAGGUCCAACAAGAGCCAUUCUUGAGAAUCAUUUUAAAAAUAUGAAAGAUCAAUCAGGUAUUGAAAUAAAUGCUAACGAAAAAAUUUUUUUUUUCGAUAAUGAGUCUUUUAAUUAUUUAGCCGUUAAAAUAUAUAGUGCUACUACUGGUAUUGAAUCUAAUUUCUCAGGAGAAGAUGAGAAUGUUUAUUGUGGAAGUUGGGAUAGAUCAUCAGGAGAAUAUAAAAGAUUAUUAGAAGAGAUAUCAAAAGUUCAACCACAUGAUGUUGCAAAUACAAUUUGUAUAAACAAUGCUAGAACAAUGAUUUCCAAUUUAGCUCAACCAAUGUCAACAUGUAUUUCAAAUAUAAAUACCAACAUUAAAUUAAUGGAAGAGCAAUCUAAAAAAUUAAGAAAUAUUAAAAUUGGUGAUGAAUCCUUUUUAUACAUUCCAGAAACCACAGUAGAAUCUAAAAAACUACCAAAGUAUAAAUUAAUUUGUACAAAGAUUGGUUGCACAAAAGGUGGUACGAAUAGUCUAUGUAGAGAAUUUGAACCACAAAAAGAAUGGAAUUCUUCAGUUUAUUGGCUCGAAAGUUUCAAAACCUUAGGAUCAUGUAAAGAAUGUAACAAUCCUGGUGCCAUCCCAUGUUUUUGGUUCGAUCAUUCACUUAUCUGUGUUGAAGAAAUACCAACUCUAAAGAAAAUUUUUUCACAAAGUUCUUCUUUAAAUAAUUCAAUUAGUGGUAUUAAUAGUGAUUUUGGAUGUGGUAGUAAUAGUAAUUGUGGUGGUGGUGGUGGUGGUGGUGGUGGUGGUGGUGGUGGUGUUGGUAUUAUUAGGACUAAAGAAGAAUUAAAAAAAGAAAGUAGUAUUUUAAUAUCACAAAUGAGAUUAAGAAUUAAACAAUUUGAAGAUGAAUAUCUAAUAAUUAAGAAUGCAAAUGUUGAUUUCUUAGUAUUCUUAUAUCAUCAUUCUUUGGUAAACAUUAAUCAUUACUAUGAAAAAUAUAUCAACAUCCAAAUCAAGGCAUUAGAGAGUGUUCCAAAUUCUGCAGAUUUAAUUGAAAAAUUAAAUGAACAUUUGGGUGAAUAUAAACAAAGUGUAGAACAACAAAAGAAUGCCAAAAAUCAUAAAACUAAUGUUAAAUCUCAAAAAGAAAUAUUUAAGACUUUUGAUAAAUUACUCGAGUUACCAAUGGUAGGUUAUAUCAUUAAAAAUCAAAUUAAACUUAAACAAAAUAAUCUUUUGAAAAGUGAAGCCAUUAUCGUUGAUUUAAGAAAUUAA